AUGGAAGAAGAUGUGACAUUUGUUUAUUUAGACGAGACGUGGGUGUAUCAGCAUGGUGUACCAGUAAGAAGAUGGGUGCAUGAGAGUGAUCGGAGAGGCAUGCCUGCGAAAAUAGUAAUGAAUGAGGGUAGAAGGUUUACCAUACUUCAUGCAGGGGGUAAAUUUGGUUUUUUGGAAAACUGCUUGCUAUUUUUAGAUAGCAAUAAUGAUAGCAGGGACUAUCAUAAGACUAUGAACGGGCAAUUGUUCAGGCAAUGGGUGGAAACACAGUUAAUUCCAUCUGUUAAUUUUAUUAACGGUAAGGUUGUUAUCAUCAUGGACAAUGCACCUUAUCAUUCGGUGUUAGCAGAACAAUUGCCUCGUUUGUCUUGGAUUAAAUCAAAAUUAAAAUUUUGGCUUGCACAAAAAAAAAUUCCUUUUGGCGAUAAUUUGACAAAAAAACAGCUUUGGGAUAUUAUCAAACCUCUUUUACCAUCAACUCGUAAAUAUGAGAUUGAUGAGUUGUUGUCAAAGAGUAAUAUUGAAGUUUUACGUUUACCUCCAUAUCACUGCCACUAUAAUGCUAUAGAAAUGGUAUGGGGAUUCUGUAAACCAUAUUAUAACAAACACAUCUUGAAGCAGUCUUCCAAAAAAUCAGAAAUCAAGCACUUGUGGAUUGAAGCUAUGUCUAAAUAUAAACCAGAGAUGUGGACAUCAAGUGUAAUCCACUGUGAAAAUAUUAUCAAGGAUGACUGGCAAAGAAUGAUGGGUAAUACCAGUGUUAAAGAUAUUCCUCCUGUCAUAAUAUCACUUGGAGAAUCUGAUAGUGAAUCUGAUUUAAGUUCAGAUGAAUCAGACAGUAUAAGUGAUAUUAUGCAGGAUGGUGUAUUAGCCAACAGAACAUUAAAUGUAAGUAUGGAUCCUGAAACCAGUAUGAAUGAAACACAAGGCAAUAUUGGAGAAGGCCAGCAGCUUUGUGUAGAUGAUGUUGAGAUGUGUGAAUGGAUGAAUGCAGAGAAUGAUAUAGAAACAAUUAUUGUAGAGGUAAUAGAUGAUUAA